AUGGCUGACCGGACUGCUGCGGACAUGAAGCCAAAAUGUACCCCGGCCGAGCUCAUGCUAAAGGUCAUCCUAACGGGAACCUUAAGUCACUAUGAGACUCGUGGGAUGAUUGACGAUAAACGCCUCGAGCAUAUGUUAUCUGCCGGGAAACAGAUCUUGUAUAAGACACACCAGGAGAGCGAUGUUAGACAUAAUUUAGGCCUGUCACCAGAUAUUUGGCAGGGCUUUACGGAUGUUUUGACAAAAGCGAUCCCCGUUCUAGAAUCACAGUCAUUUGCGUGGAAAUGCCCCCCGACUGCGAAUUACGACCAUUCCUCAUCGAACUUGAUAGCCUACAAUUAUUUUUCACUUGUCAAGGAUAUCGAACGUCUAAAUGAUCUGUGCACAAUCGCCCGCAACCUCCUCGCGACAACAAAGAAAGCACAGAAUAUGGCGGCUGAAAAAGGCUUUGAUCAAAGGAUUCUAGCAUUGGUAGACACGUGUGUUAGAGUAACUGCCCGCGGGUUUGACGGUGAAACGAAUGCAAGGAAUGAAGAGCGUUGGCAGAAAGUAGUCAACCUCUACAAGCGCCUGUUGAUCACAUGCCUCCAGUUCCUGCACAACUUUAUCAUGCACAAUGAACAGCGGAAAAUGGUACUCUGGUUGGACCUUUUCGGAUACCACUCCACUGGAGAUUCGAAUAUCAUUCAACCGAGAGAGCCGCUAGACCCGGCCAGUGGUCAGCCUGAGGGAGCGGCGCCCAUCGUCAAGACUGGUGAGAGAAUCGUGAACCCCCCUAUCAGGGCUCUUUACGACCAAACGGCAGAAGACUUGCUCCUGGAGACUAUCUCUAACUUCCCGAGAGAGCCAGCGACGAUCAAAGAGGAAGCAGCAAUGUUACUUCUCGCAAAUAUCAAAGACCACAUGGAGAAGCUUCUUGGGCGCGACUUGACAGCUAUUCAAGAAAUGGGCAAGGAUCCAGAGCAAGUCAAAGAGAUUCGUGCUGCUCUUACGGCGAUACUAGGUGCAAAGGUUGAUGGAUUCUCGGACCUCCAAGACAGAGCAAAAGAUCUGCCACCAGCCCUUCCCGAAGACGAGCCGCCGCGCAAGAAGGCCAUACUUACAAUAGAUCGAAGCACGACGGCCGGAUUCCCGCGUAUCUGCUGGGCUGACCUGCCUGACCUUAACGCCUAUGGUGCACUUGCUGCAGGAGAUGCGACUAUCAUGGAGGAAGAUACAAGCAUGCCGCGGUCUGCUCAAUCUGCUGCGGAAACGCUCCAAGAAGCGAAGGAUGAGCUGAUGGCACGACUUCAAGAGUCAUCUCAAAUCGGGGCUGACGGUGAUCAGGAUUAUGACACCGGCGAUGCAGGAACAGUUGGCGACGACGAUUCACGUAGCCUGGAGGCCGUGGCAGAUGGAAGCAUGGAGGAGGAAGAAGAGGAAGAUGAUGAGGAUGAUGAUGAUUAUCGAGGCCGCCCAGGCGAUCAACAACGUGGUCUAUUGACAGACAUCCCUCUAGUCCUGGGCCCCGCGGAGAUAGAGGCGCUUCCAAUGAUCAUUCAGGCUGGUAUCGUCGAUAGCUUUGGACUGAAGGGAGGAGAGAGAACUGGCUCAAGGAAUAUGCAGGCACUUAGAUGCCAUAUCCUGCUCACUCAAGAGACAGGACGGAACCUUCUUCGGGAACUCUUGAUCUUCAUCGCCGCAUGGGAUUUGCCCGACGAUGAACUCUACUUCAAAAUGAUGGUGCAGAUUAUGGACGCAGUUUUAAGGAACGGCCUCAUGUCUCAUGCCUACUCUGACUUCGGCCAACCAAAGGACAUCAUCUCUCCGGCUCAAGCAGUCGUCGUCAAGAUUCUCACACAUAUAUUUAGAGCUAAAUACUCUCCCGCUUCUGUCACAGGAUCAACGCAGGCCAACACAACGAAGAACCCAGCACCGCUCUCUAGAGUCGAUAUUCUCACAGUCCGCUACAUAUUCACCAUCUUCCGCGGUAACAUCAUCCCGGAAACCUGCGCAUUGAUCUACCUUCAAGGCCAGAUCCGUGCUGGACGGGCGCUCCCCGAGGACUUUCCGCUGAAUCUGUGGGAUAUGGAACGGGUUUACGAAGGCGUCUACCAAUUCCUGGAAUUUUUCGCCGUCCUCACCGAAAACAACGACUGGAAGAACCUUCUAGUCAAAUGGGAGAUUGUCUACGAUUUGGUUACCUUGAUCAAAGAACUUGAAGCAAGCAUUCCUAAGGGGCAAUUGAGCCAAUUAUCCCUCGGGCCCCGUAGCCCUUCAAAGGAGUCCCAACCAAGCACAGUUCCUGGACCAGUUGCAGUUGAACGACCCUAUGACCCCAGUGAUCCAGACCCGGUCGAUGGCGGUGCCCCUUCUAGAGCUGAGUCGCCCCCGAUAACGGAAGACCCAUCCGAAUUCGAAUGGAGGAACCUUAAGAAGCUUGUCGUACUCGUGCUCUCGUCUCUUGUGUGGAAGUGCCCGGAGGUCCAAGACCAAAUCCGUCGGCAUGGCGGCGUCGAGACCAUCCUGUCUUGCACCAACUUUGACGCGCACAACCCCUACAUCAAGGAGCAUGCGGUCAUGUGCUUGAAGUUCUUGUUGGAGGGCAACCGCGAGAACCAGAAGCUUGUAGAGGAGCUAGAGGCGCGUGAAGUAGUAAAAGACGAGAACGGACUACUCGAGAGGAGCGGGUUCGAAGCCGUGAUCGACAAGACUGGCAAGCUGGCAAUCCGACCCAAGGACGGGAACGGAGAAAGGAGAUAA